UGGAACGAAGAAGAGAGACGAUGGUUGCCUGCGAGGAGAAGCUAUUCAGGGCUGUCCUCGAAUAACCUGAUAGAACGUGUCGCUCAAUGUGGCUGUAUCCAUGCACAUUUCCAUCGGGAAACAACCUCGUCUAGCUUUAGGUAGCUUUUGUCGUUUGGGGAAUUAUGGAGGACGACUGUUUGUGCGAGUACGAUUCGACGUGGGACACGGAGAGUGAUGGAGAGGAACCAGUCGGAGAUGGCCAACCUCGUCGAUCCAGGACUUUAGUAUCGCGGCAUCACACGCCCAGAAACAUGAGGGCGGCAAAAGACAUGCAAAAUUACAGACGAGGAUACCCUAAUCUUACAGAUGAUGAUUGCUCAGAGGACAAAAUGAACAACUUGCAGUUCUACCUCAAUAAAUUCCCAUCUGCACCUGAUGAGUUCUACAUUGAAUCAUUCCUCAAAGAAUGGAAAAAUGACUACAAAAGGCUGGAGAGAGUUCACUCAUACAUUCAAUGGCUUUUCCCCCUUCGUGAACCAGGGGUCAAUUACAUGGCUUCUGAACUCACCAAGAAGGAGAUUGAGGCAUUUAAGAGAAAUGAGGAUGCCAAAAGAAGACUUGUGGAGUCCUAUGAACUAAUGUUGGGCUUCUACGGUAUCCGUCUGGUUAACAAAGAGAUCGGCGAGGUGACACGAGCAGAGAAUUGGAAAGAGCGCUUUGGGAACCUUGAGCGGAACAUGCACAACAACCUACGCAUCACACGAAUCCUGAAGAGCCUCGGGGAGCUAGGCUUCGAGCAUUUUCAAGCCCCGCUCGUGCAGUUCUUCCUCGAAGAGACUUUGGUCAAGAAGAACCUCAGCAAUGUUAAACGCAGCGUACUGGACUAUUUCCUGUUUGCCGUUCUGGAUAAACAGAAACGCCAGGAGCUGUUGCGCUUCGCCUACCUUCACUUUGAACCCAAGGAUAAAUUUGUGUGGUGUCCCAGAAAGAUUCAGAAACAAUUCAGGAAGGCAGAGAAACGAUCUGAAGCAGUCGGAAAUGGAGACGGGAAGGAUGAUGUCUACUCAAGGGCUAAAAGCAAAGAUGGAGAAAAAGGGCUUCCUGUCAAAGAGGAGGAAGUGGAUAACGCCGGUAAGGCGCAGAAGCAAAUGGAAACGAAUGGGGACCAAAUCACACUGCCUGAGCUGUCCGCUCACCCCAAAGGAGAUAAAAUGACAAUUGGAAAUGGGAAUUCCGAGUCCAAUAACAACAGCUUAGGGAAGAGCAAUGACUCAAACGAUGAAGAUGACGAAAUGGAACAGUCGCCCACUCCUGACACAGUGACCGUUACAGGUGAGCUCAGCGCAGACAUCAAGUCUAAACCUACCAACAGCUCACGGUGCGCCAUUCAGGAAACUGACCACGAUAUGCAAACAGAUGAAGACAUCAAGCCAGAGAAGCCAAUGAAGAAGAAGAGGGAAGAUGACUCUGUAACACAGAGCAACGGCGCUAAUGCAGACGUGAGCGGCGGCCAGGCAGAGGUAAAAUCUGCCGGUGACGUAGUCCCCCUAAUGAGCUUGCCUGCUCGAAUGCUUCUAAAGACUUCAAAACCCUCAACCUGCCUGUCAUCGGGGCGGGAAGAAAAGAUCCCUAGGACCGAUUUUACUAAAGUGCCAGACAAAGGGUUGCGUAUAAAGUCCAAUAACAACAGCUUAGGGAAGAGCAAUGACUCGAUCGAUGAAGAUGAUGAAAUGGAACAGUCGCCAACUCCUGACACUGUGACAGUCAAAAAUGAGCUCAGCGCAGACAUAAAGUUCAAACCUACCAACAGCUCACGGCACGCCCUUCAGGAAACUGAUCACGAUAUGCAAACGGAUGAAGACGUCAACCCAGAGAAGUCAUUGAAGAAGAAGAGGGAAGAGGACUCUGUAUCGCAGAGCAAUACCGCAGUCGUGAGCGGUGACCAGGCGGAGGUAAAAUCUGGCGGUGACGUAGUCCCCCUAAUGAGCUUGCCUGCUCGAAUGCUUCUAAAGACUUCAAAACCCUCAACCUGCCUGUCAUCAGGGCGGGAAGAAAAGAUCCCUAGGACCGAUUUUACUAAAGUGCCAGACAAAGGGUUGCAUGCAAAUGGCAGUGUCCAUAAAAACAGAGAUGAACUGACAAUUGAGAAGAAGGUGGAAGAUGUUGACAUGGAGUCAAACCCCUCGAGUUUAGACCCGAACGUGGGUAAUACAUGAAAACAUCUCGGGGCCCAAAUCCCUAAUUUCAGUCAAAUUGACCAUCUGUAAGCCACUGCUGGGAUUGUUUAAUUUUGAGUGAAAAUGCCACGACUACAGUCAAAUUACAUUCAGAAUCUGUCAUGUCAGUCUGGCAGAAGUGGAACGGUCUUAAAGCUUGAGGCCCUGUGCAGAAGCUGUACUGUACGUAAAAAUACAUUUUUGAAAAGCUGGAAAAAUAGUAUUAAAUAACAUCAGCCUAGAAAACGGAUUUUUUUCUUUAAUCACUCGUAUCGCACUAUAUUCAGUCAGUUCAAUCGGUACAGAACUGUGGCUUUAUUUUUGUUUACUGCACAGCUUUUAGUCCUACAAAGGGAGUAAUACCUGUGAGAACACUAACCGAAGUGGUACAAAUGUAUACAAUCACAUGCUUGCACAGUUGAAUUUGGUGUAACCAGCAUAUGGGACCCAAGUGUGAACACAACCCAAGACAAGCUAGUCGGUCCAAGUGCAGAAAGCCUCUUUGAAUGCAUGCUGUUUUCAUAAUUCAUAGUUCAUUUUCUAAAUCCGACUUUUUGUCACCGGUUAAAUGUAAAGUUUAAGUCUUUAGUUUACAAGUGCACCAGCAUAAGAAAAAUACAUAUUUGGUUGAUGCUAACAGAGACUGUAACAAUUUACUAAUUGGUUACAAUAAGUCAUACAAAAUUUGUAAAUCAUUUGAAACAAGUGAGUCUAGAAAGUAAAAAUACAUCAUAGAGGCAGCAUUAAAAGGGUAUUUCUGAGGAUCCUUUUGUUUGUAUUAUGUCAAAAUAAGUUAAAAAGCUAAAUCCUUUUCUAUACCACUUUGUUUAUUGUUUUAUCAUUCUAGAUGUUUUUGCACUGAAGAUUUCGAAGUUUUUUUUUGUUUCCCCUCUGCAGGCUGUUUCUAUGUUGAUGCUAAACUCCACACAGAUUGUCACAAAUGUUAUCUUUCAGUAAUUAUGUGUGCUUCACUCUUGUUGGAAUUUGAAGUUUGGAUAGCAGAAAGCCUUGCCAAAAAUGUGAUAGACUGCUUGAUUGUAUUAAAAACGUUUGUCUUUGCGUCAGGAUUGGCAAAGCUUAGUUCAAAUAUAUAUUCCUUUUCUAUUAUUAUAUUGGAAUAUGUUUGCCAGGGUGCUUGUUUUUCCCCCUUCAACACUUGAACUUGUGAUUCAAUGGUUAAAAAAAUAUAACUUAAGUUCUUUCUAUGUGACAUUUCCUUCAGCUGAAAACCCAAUUGUUUAAGAAGAGAAUAAAAGAUAUUUUCUGACAAAUUGGCAGAACUGAUCUGUUUUUGGAUCAUGUCUUGUGGACAUCCCUUGCAAUCGCAACAAUUUUAUUUCACUUGAUUAGCUUGGCACACUUAUCCUAUUUGGAUGCUGCCUCAUUCAAAGCAAAAAUAACCAUUGUCGUUUCUCUGCCAAUACAAUGUAUUUAAUGAACAGUCAAAAUGUGCUUGAAGGAAAGAUGUCUAUCACAAAAAUGUGGUAGAUGCCCACAAAAAAUUGAAAUUUGCACACACCUGCCACAAUUUAAACUGGGGAGUGGGGUGUUUUUGUUUUUUUUCGUGUCUUAUUACAUUUAAUGUCUGUUUUACUGUUGUCUGCAUAUGUCCAGGCAGAGAUUGAUUGAAAUUUUUGAGUGGCGCUUUGUAUAGACGCCAUGUAAUAGAGAAUAAUUUUUUUAAUUACGCCAACAACACAUGAAUGCUGCAUCCAUAUUUCUGUGUGUGUGUCAAACUGCCAGUCAUACAAUCGGCGGUGCAAGUUACACCUUCCCACCUGUUUUUACAGUUUAGUGCCAGAUAAACUGCCCAUCCUUCUUGUUUGUUUUUACUGCUGUGUUGAUGUUUGUUUGGUAGGCUAUAACUUUUAGUGGUUCCUAACUGUCGACCAACUCUAAUCCCAACCCAAAGACAUUUGCAAAAAAAUCUUUCAUGAAUAUGAACUAAGGCUUAUGACAAAUGUCAAUGAGUGUCAUUUAGUAAAUUAUUUCACUUUUGAUACAAUCUUGACAUUUUUUCGAAUGUCUUUGGGUUGGGGUUAGUUGGUUGACAGUUAGGGACCACUAAAAGUAAGCUUUACCGCCUAUUCCCAAUAAAUUGUGAAUUUAAAUGGUUCAACUUUACUCUUUACAUUUCAGGCAAUUAACUGCGGUAAACUACUCUGGUUGCAAAUUGAAGUAGCAGAUUAGCAGAAGUGGGUAGAGGGCCCAAAAACUUAACUCGAGUAAGAGUAGUGUCACUUCAAAAUAAUUACUCAAAAG